UUUGGUAAUAUCCAUUAAAAUUUCUCAGUAAGCGUUGCGUAGCCAGGUAGCACAACAACACGGCAGCUGACGACAGAUUUUUGGUAGAUAAUAGAGUAUAAAAGGAUGGACCAGGAGUGGCCAACAUGAGUAGACGAGCUAAUGCAGCGUCAACGGCAAGGAAUGCUCCGUUCGGGACGGACAUUCAACCGUCGGUCAAGACCAAGAUCAUCGGCGGAAAAACGGUUGAAGUAGCUGAAAGGACCCCUCCUGCAAGUCGGACAUCUUCAGACUCUCUUCAAUCGGGCCCUCAUGGCACCCCUCCCAUGCAGUAUCAACCUCCUGUCAAUGAGAGCAACCACAGUAGCUUCAACAACACCCCAGAUGAUUUGCCUGGUAGCUACCGUAAGAUCUACUCCCAGACAGCGCCGAGAGACUCUAGCAACUCACACAUACAUGGAAAAGGCAAUCACUAUGACGGAAGGCCCGGUGCUUUAAGAGCCCUUCCUCCAAUCCACGCCUCUGACCACAGCCACGAUCACGGUGAUGAUGACGAUGUCUGGUCGGACGACACGCCCCAGGAAGACCCUCCUAACAUCAAGGACAUCCUUCACAAGCCAUUCCCGGUUCACAUGGGUUCCUCGUCUGUCCUUUCCCCAAUCAGCAACAAACGCUCUCUGACGGACCAGGUCUCGGAGCACCUGGUGGGCUACGACCCUCUGCAUUUCAAGGAAAUGUACACGGACCUCGCGGAGUUCGAUCACGGACUGCACGGCUACGUCAACCAACCCCAGAUGAACAUGAUCGCCCACAAACACAAGUUGCCCAUUCCGAUUGAAACCUUGAGGUUGCUCUUCUCAAACUUUGCCAAGGGGUCCAACCCUGAUCACGUGAACUAUGAGAAGCUGAUUCAGUUUCUAGCGAGGGCACAGCUAGGAUCAGCCAAGGCAGAGACAUUACUGGAAGAUGAUGUGAAUAAGUUUGUGCAUGAAACAAAUGGAGAUGAUAAAACAGAUCUUGAGUUAGGAAGACUCAAUGCUCAAAUCAAGAGAUAUGAAGACCAGGAAGAGAAGGAGAGGAAAGAAGAAGAAAGGAAACUUAAUGAGAUGAGGGAGAAGAAAAAACGAAAAGAACAAGAAAAAUGGAAACCUUCAUUCGCUACAAGAAAACCUUUGAAAACUUUCACCGAGUUGGAAGAUGCAAUGUUGAUCCGAAUGCUGGAAGAACAGUUCACAGACGGCAAGAAGAAACAGACCAUCGAUACAGAAGGCAUGAGGGAGAUGUGUCUCAAGAAAGACCGACAUAAACAAGGGACUUUCUCCAGAAGAGAUCUGGAUGAUCUGUUUCUUUUCUAUCGGAUACCAGUCCAAGGUUCUCUCCUAAACAAGAUGAUACAGAGAAUAGAUACAGGAGACGGCCAACUGAGUUGGGUGGCUUUCUUAGAGAUUUUAGACAGAGUGGAUUCUGGAGAAGCAAUGACACCCCGUGGAGAAAAGGACCAGAGUCAGAGCCAAAGAAGGGCUUCCGAAGACCCCAAUAACUUGGGCUCCGUUGGGAACAGGAACUCUUUCAGAAGCAGUCCCAUCAACAGUGGGUCCCAAAGGGAGAGAAGCGGGAAUAGGUCUAGGGAUGGGCCUAGACCACAUGCGGGAGGAUUAGCCCCUGUCAUAGAGCCAAGAAGACCAAGUACUUGGCCAAAGAGACCAAUCAAGGAGGUUCUACCCACACCAGAGGAGCCAAAGAAAGUAUCCUCGCCUCCUUGGCUUAGGAAACCCCUUGCGAGAAUAGAGACAUCAAGACAUGCCCAAGAACAGAACAACGUGACCGAUGUUGAGAUGGAGAUCACUCGCAACGACACCCCCACGGAGGACCAUGCCUCUAUCAACUCACCCCCAUCAUCCCCUACCCCCCAACAGGAGGACUACGAGAUAGAACAACUCAGACGGAUGGCCGAGGAGCAUCAGCGACGUCAUCGCCACAGGCAUGCAGAGGAGGAGGUGAUGAAGUUGUCACGACAGAAGAACGAGAAGCGGGAGAGGGAGGAAUGGUUUAAAGGCUUCGUCCAUCUUGCGAAGGGGCUUUACAGCCAAGAUGCAUCAAAGAGUGGUUGCCUGGAAAGAGAAGAGAUGCUUCGGCUUGUGAACAAUUACAAUCUCAUUUACCAGCUUGGGAUUUCAUCUUCUCACAUCAAGAGAGUCAUUGAGACGUGUUGUCAUGAAGGAGACCAGGUUCCAAUACAACCAGUCAUUGAAAUCCUCCGGCAAAAAAAGAAGUGAUCCUGUGGAAACUAGGUUGUCAGGAUUAUUAACAUUAAAUCUCACUUAUUGCAUCAUGGGGUGAUAAACUAAUAUCUAAAAUCGAUUGUAAGAGGCUGUAAACCAAUCAGGGACCCGUCUAUGAAGAGUUACAAUUGAUCUGAUCAUCUUAAACUAUAUGGAAAUCCAACAAUGUCAUAAUUUUUUCUCCAGGAAAUUU